GCACGCAUUCACCCAUUUUUGACCAGAAGCGUCAGACCAGAGCCGGUAGAGCUGGGCAACGAUUGGUUUUUGCAAGUCAUUCGCAUUACGAAUAUGGACCCAGUCGCCUUCAACCAAAUUGGAGUCAGUAUGCAUCUAUGCGUCUUCCUUCACCCAGCGGUGGCAAGGGGGGCAACUUACCAACUCUCCAGACCUCUCCUUUGUGCUCGAUAUGUGAUAGUGGUAGCUUUCCAUCCUCAUCACGAAACUCAUCGUCAGGCUUGGCCUUCUCCUCUUCAGUAAGAAGACGCGCCUGCUUCAACAACUCGGUAGCGUCUUCAUGAACCUGGCUCCCCUCCUCGUUGAACUGCAGAGCGUUGCCAAACAUCAACUCUAUAUCCUGCAGGACCUGGUCGAUGGUGGUGUACUUUUUGCGCUUGUGCUUCUUCUUGAUGGUGUCGAGCGCAAUGGGGUUUCGAAUCGAGGCAUAAUAGUCGGGCAUGUCAGCCUUGUCAGGAAGCCUCUCGAACGACAAAAUUCGCAGCUGGCCAUCGUCGCUCUUGAACCUCCGCAGCCCCUUCAGAAGCGACUGGGUUCGCGCCUCCAGAGGUGUCAAGACCUUGGGCGGUCUGCCACGCUUUUUGUGAGGAUCAUCGUCGUUGUCUGCGCCUCUCCUCGCCCGACGCCCACCUCUUCUUGAGCGACGCCGCCUGCCUUCGUCGUCCGAAUCGUCAUCCUCUUCUUCCUCAUCUUCUUCCUCUUCCUCAUCAUCUUGCUCUUCCUCUUCGUCGUCUUCAGGGUGAGGGGAAUCUUCAAACUCUGGCAGUGGUCCAAGGUCCGGCAGCACAGCUUCCUCUGCAGUAAUAUCACCGUCCUUUACCAGCUCUGCAAGCUUUUCUUUGAACACUUCCAGCAGACGGCCAGCAUCGGAAAAGAUGGGAGCAGAGGGCCUGUUGUACACCUGCGCAUUGUGGCAUAUGCGAGUCACGUCAUGCACGAACUCUUUGAACGAGGUAUAGGUUCUUUUGUUAAGCUUGCCCUGCAGCCAUGCGGUUAGGUCAGCAAGCCGCCCCUCGUUUUUCUCGUUGGGAGGAUGGAGCAGGGUAAGCCACGGCAACUCACUCUUAUGGUACUAAAAGCCAUUGGCUCUUUGAUGACUUCAAAAUAGUCUGGGAGGCUGCGCUUGUUGACGAGGCGCUGAAACCCCGAGGCAAUCUCGUGGUCUCUGUUUUUUGGUUGCGAUCCAAUCAGCAUCGCGGCGCAUCGCAUGACAAAUGAUAUAAGACUUACUCUCCAUCAACCUUGAUUGUGUAACCACACAAGUAUUCGGAUGUUUCUCUGAUGAGCUGGAGCAUAUCCUUCUCUUCGUCUGAUUCUUCCUGGUCUUCUUGCGCCUGUUCGUCUGGCUCGCCGUCGGCAUCAGGCUCCCCAUCAGCAUCUACGUCGCCAUCUGCAUCGACAUCUGGUUUCGCGUCAAUGCUGGCAGCUCCGGCAUCAACCAUUUCGAUGUCGGCAUCGGGGCCUCCCUUGAUGCUUGGGCGCGUCGGCGCGUCAGCGUCGGCCAUGUCGACGUCUUCUUCCUGGUCGCCCUUGGCUUCUAUCGUUUCUCGGACUUCGAUGGCGUCCCUGGGAACACUCUCUCGGAGGAAGGAUCUGGCGGAUUUGCUUGUGCUGGGUGAGAAUUGGGAGCUGUUUCCGGAGCUCUUCUUGGCGGGCGAGAUAUCGCCUCUGCUGGGACGUUCGCGCAAAGUGGGCAUCGUACUCGGUACACGAACUUGGAGGAGCAGGGUUUCCAAGACACUGUUUCGAUGGGGGUACCUCAACCGGCUGGAGCCACAAGUGCCAGUGACCGUGCCAGUGACCAGUGACCAGUGACCAGUGAGAGGGAGCUCUGUGCCCAGAUGUGCCUGUGUGCCAGUGUUGAACCGAGUCAAGUCCCGUCGCGACUUUCUCCACAGCUGAGAGACACCAGCCCAGAGAUGUCGCUGUGGCCGGCCUUGCAGCUAGCGCGUUGUUCUUGGUUGGCGCACGGACCCCCUGCUCUCUCCCAUAUCGGAUAUAAGCAUAUUGCCCACCAAGGUGCCCCUGGCCCGUGUGACGCCCGAGGCAGCUGGUAGCUUACGACAUUGGGAAGCCCAUCCACAAGGUUGUAGGGUUGGAUCACGAGAGACUCCAACAGGCGUUGUUGUUAAAAAGUUUGUCUUUCGGUCUUUACUAGUCCCAGCGGCUUCACCUGCUCUCGAAGCUUUUUUUUAUCACUUAUAUCUCUUGCUCUGAGACAGUGCUCACAAGACAUCCCAAGUCGAUCGCUAACACCCACCUCGCAUCCGCAUCGAUAACAACUGCCGCUGUGACGUCGACUCACAUCUCACGCCCAACCAGACGAGAGCUCCGAAUCGGGCAGUUUCCUUUGGUAUCAGACUCAUAGCAAGCUUUUGUUUACCAAGUCAAAAAAAAAAUCGACGGCACAAGACUCAUUGCUCCUGAUUUGCCCCUGGCUUGCUUGAUAGCUCAUCUCUUCACCUCGCAAAGGUUCAGACGAUCUACGAUAAGAGCCUCACAACUCACUUCUUUCUUUGGGGCAUUAACUUCAAAUCAGAUACUGUGGGGCUCUUACUCUCGUGGUGCCGGUAUAUAUAUUUGACUUGUCUGGCAUAAUUUCCGUCCUCAACCUUCUCAAGCAACAACCUCCUCAAGAGCUGGCAACUCAUACCUUCCUCGGCCUCAACCUGUACCACACUCUCACAAGAUGAUGAUUCAAAUCGCCCUCCGAGCCCCUAAUGGGCAAUCUCGAAUCCAGGUUGAGGACGAGUCGACCCUCUCCGACCUUGUGGCGCUCAUCAAAUCAAAGACCGAGCUGGAGAGGUUCAGCCUGAAAUACGGCUACCCACUCAAGAACCUGGACAUCAGUCUCUCUUCACAAAGCUCAAGUAUAAAAGACCUGAAGCUCCAUGGGGAGACAAUCGUCGUCGCACCCAUCGAUACCACACCUGCUCCAGCUCCAGAGCCAGCCAAGCCAGCGAAGCCAGCGUUUGUCCCUAAAGGGAUAGAACCCGAUGAGACAUCCCUCGAGUGGGCCUCCCGAGGCGGUUACAUAGUCCUAAGAGUAAUGCCCGACGACAACAGCUGCAUGUUCACCGCAGUAGGAGGCGCUUUCUCCAUCGACAACCCAUCCUCUCGCCUUCGCGCCCAAAUCACCGAGUACAUCCUCACCCACCCAGAAAAAUACACCGCUGCCAUCCUGGGCUCGCCCCCACAGAAGUAUUGCUCCCAUCUCAUGGAAAAGGACACCUGGGGCGGCGCCAUCGAGCUCUCCAUCCUCUCCGACAUUUACGACAUUGAGAUUUCCUCCAUCGAUGUCAAGUCCCUCCGAGUCGACCGCUUUGGCGAGGGCAAAGAGACCCGCAUAAUCAUUCUCUACAGCGGCAUCCACUACGAUCGCAUCGCCUUUGCCCUUGACCUCUCCUACCCUGUGGACUGCGAUGUAACAAAAUGGGACACGCAAGACGAGGAGGUGCUCACAAAGGCGAGGCAGCUCGCUGCGCAACUCCAGGGGAUGCACUACUACACUGACACAACCGAUUUCGUCAUCAAGUGCGAAGUGUGCCAGUGGAUCGGCAAGGGGAUGAAGGAGGCCGGUGUGCACCAGAAGGAGACGGGGCACAAGGAGUUUGGCGAGAUGACGAUUCAGUAGAUUGUGCCUCUUUCGCAUCAAACGACCUACCUAAGGGAGAAGAGGGGGGGUAGUAACAAUUUUAUAUAUUUGUACACAAGCACGCAUGCAUUAGCAAACAGGCUGGGGAUGGGAGGAGGAGGGUAUUAAAUGAAAAGAACCUUGGGUUUAAAAUAAAUCAUGAUGUUAAUAUAUGCUUGUGGUGCAUUCUCUGCCUCUCUCUCCCGCCGUGUCUGAAAACCCCGUCCAGUCCACCCAUCCAUCUCCCAGGAGCGUACUUAAACAAGGGAUAUUCACUCUACGUAUACAUAUACAAAUUCCAAAAAGCACCACACCUAUCCAACAGACGCCCCCUACCAUUCUCUGAUUAUCUCAUACACAAAAUUACCAAACAAACACAAACUCUCUCUGUCCGGCUUGUACUUCAUAGCAUGUAUGGUACUCUCAAUCAACCCAAUCCACCCAUACCCCCAUCAUAUCCCUUGUCCCAAUUGCCCAGGUAUCAUUUCAUGAUCCGUACCCCCUUUAAUACCUUGACGAAGCCUGUGAUUCUUCCUACCCCCCCAUCCCCAUCCCCCCCAAAAAAAGGAACUAAUCAUACAAGAUCCAAACCAAC